GGCCGAGACUGCGCCAUGCAGGAAGCGCCAGCAGCGCUGCCCACGGAGCCGGGCCCCAGCCCCGUGCCUGCCUUCCUCGGCAAGCUGUGGGCGCUGGUGGGUGACCCGGGGACCGACCAUCUGAUCCGCUGGAGCCCGAGCGGGACCAGUUUCCUCGUAAGCGACCAGAGCCGCUUCGCCAAGGAAGUGCUGCCCCAAUACUUCAAACACAGCAACAUGGCGAGCUUUGUGCGGCAACUCAACAUGUACGGUUUUCGGAAGGUGGUGAGCAUCGAGCAGGGCGGCCUGCUGAGGCCAGAGCGCGACCACGUCGAAUUCCAGCACCCGAGCUUCGUACGCGGCCGAGAGCAACUACUGGAACGCGUGCGGCGCAAGGUGCCUGCGCUGCGCAGCGACGACGGCCGCUGGCGCCCCGAGGACUUGGGCCGGCUGCUGGGCGAGGUGCAGGCUUUGCGGGGAGUGCAGGAGAGCACCGAGGCGCGGCUGCGGGAGCUCAGGCAGCAGAACGAGAUCUUAUGGAGGGAGGUGGUGACUUUACGGCAGAGCCAUGGUCAGCAGCACCGGGUCAUUGGCAAGCUGAUCCAGUGCCUCUUCGGGCCACUUCAGACAGGGCCCAGCAACGCAGGAGCUAAGAGAAAGCUGUCCCUGAUGCUGGAUGAGGGGAGCUCAUGCCCAACAGCAGCCAAAUUCAGUGCCUGCCCCCUACCUGGUGCCCUCCUGCAGGAUCCCUACUUUAUCCAGUCGCCCCUCCCAGAGACCACCUUGGGCCUCACCAGCUCUCACAGGGCCAGGGGCCCUAUCAUUUCUGACAUCCAUGAAGACUCUCCAUCCCCUGAUGGGACCAGGCUUUCUCCUUCCAGUGGUGGCAGGAGGGAGAAGGGCCUGGCACUGCUCAAAGAAGAGCCGGCCAGUCCAGGGGGGGAAGGAGAGGCCGGGCUGGCCCUGGCCCCAAACGAGUGUGACUUCUGCGUGACAGCACCCCCACCGCUGCCUGUGGCUGUGGUGCAGGCCAUCCUGGAAGGGAAAGGGAGCUUCAGCCCUGACGGGCCCAGGAAUGCCCAACAGCCUGAACCAAGAGGUCCCAGGGAGGUACCUGACAGAAUCCUUGGGAAUCUAAUGGGGGUGAACACUGCAGGCCGACAGCAGUUCUCUGUGCACAGGGGAACUCUGGGCCUGGACAGGGGCAUGCGGAGCCCAGAGAAUCUUCUGCCUCCCAUGCUGCUUCGGGCCCCCCCUGAAAGUGUGGAGCCUGCGGGGCCCCUGGAUGUGCUAGGCCCCAGCCACCAAGGGCGAGAAUGGACCCUGAUGGACUUGGACAUGGAGCUGUCCCUGAUGCAGCCAUUGGUUCCAGAGAGGAGUGAGAAUGAGCCGGCAGUCAAGGGGUUAAAUUCUCCAGGGCCAGGGAAGGACUCCACACUUGGGGCACCACUCCUGCUGGAUGUGCAAGCGGCUUUGGGAAGCCCAGCUCUCGGCCUUCCUGGAGCUUUAACGAUUUACAGCGCCCCUGAGAGCCGAGCCUCCUACCUGGGCCCAGGGGCCAAUCCCUCCCCCUGAAACCCGCUCUGCUUUGAAGCCAGCCCUUCUCAGCUUCCUCGUGCCCCCCUAGAAGAGGCUGAUUGAAGACCCUGUUACUUCUCCAUUACUGAACCCUGCACAUAAACUGCAUUUUUUUUUUCUGUG